AUGUCCCACCCAAGAAUAGAAGAGGUGUCGGACAGCGACUUCGACUCUGACCCUGCCGAGGCCGAUAUCGAUGACUUCGCCGACUCCGAUAUCAUGCGCCGAGUCGAACCCUCCGAGGCCGCUCCUAAAACAGUUCCCGCUGCUGCAGCUCCUCCUCGUCAGAUGCCCGCCAUCGUCCCCGCCGACGCCCCUGCUGGCGGUACCAUGCCCGCCUCAGCCGAUCGAUCUGCCUACGCCGAUUUCCAAUGUCUCUACCCUGUCUACUUCGAUGCAUCACGAUCCCGCGCAGAGGGCCGUCGUGUGGGUGCUGGACUCGCUGUGAAGGACCCCCUCGCGCGAGAGAUCGCAAACGCCUGCUCGAGACUACGCCUACCAACACUCUUUGAGCCUGAAAAGGUGCAUCCGAAGGAUUGGGCGAAUCCUGGCCGUGUCAAGGUCGGGCUGAAGAAGACGCCUGGUCACCCUGUCAAGAACAAGCAUCAUUUGUACCGUCUGGUUGCUGAACACUUGCGCGAGAACCCUACGACCGAAGACAGCCCCGGUCUGCGUGUCCGCAUCGGAGGCCAGCUACAGCCCGAGGCUGGAAAACCCUAUCCCAAGCCCGCUGUGCCGCGCGGGUGGAAGAUGGGCGAGUUGGUACCAUAUCUAAGUGCUGCUAUGACGGGUGGUGGUGUCUCUGAGAAUCUUUUUAAGGAUAUGAUGAAGGAGAUGCAGGGUGGCGGAGACCCAAUGUCGGCUCUUAUGGGUGCACAAGCAGGUGGCGGCGAAGAGAGCAGCAGUGGCGGUAGUAAGAAGAAGAAGGAUAAGAAGGGUAAGGGCAAAGCAUAA